AUGCCUCACUCACGAGGGCCGUCAGUGGCCUCACAAGCAACUGCAGACAAGCAGUCGGAACAGCCACGUCUGCGAAAGAGGUUGCAAAAGAAGUUCCCAUCACUCCGUCGUCCGGCUCCCAUCGACUCGUCUGCGUCAAAUAAACUCAGUUCUGCCGUCGGACUAGUCGCGCAGCAAGCCGGAACAGUCGGCCAACCUUCCUUGCGCCUGUCUCCAGACCUCAGCGAUGCCAAAUGGCACGAGUACCUGAGCACGAGCGGCACAGAACAAGAUUCGGCCGAACAACCCAGAGUCUCAUUCGACGUCCCUGUUUCACAAGCAGUUCCAGAACUUAUUCCAGAAUUCUCUCAUCUCGCUGUCAACACCUCAAAACCACGACCGUCCCUUGACAGCUACCUUAGCUCACCAACCUCUUCCAUCAGCACAAGGUCCAGCAUGAGACGCCGCGCAAAAACUCCAGUGUACACCAUCGGCCAACUAGAGGGCACUCCUUGUGUAAAGGAACCCGUAACCGUCGACAGGUCCAGCGUCGACCUCAUCGCCAAGCAAUACCAAGCCCUUAUCGAGUCACAAGAUGGUUCUUCUAUCUGCACCGACACAAGGCCCGACUCAUUACCUUCCCGACCUUCAUCAUACACCAGAUCCUCAUUAGCACGGUCGCAAUACAGCGCUGGCGAGCUGCGAGCGGAUCUGCAGCCAGAUGUCUACGAACCCCCGCCUCGGAGCCGACGUCGUGCCUCAGCCCACUCUCCAACGUCAGACGAUGGUACUCUGGUCUCCUUCGACGAAGAAGCCAUCUACUUCAAGCCUCUUUCAUUCUCUCCAGAGCCACCAUCGCCUCCUCCACGUAGUCGAGCUCGGGUGCAGCGCAAUACAGAGUCUCAUGCGUCCGAUCACAAUCUUAGCCUCCAAAUCUGCACUGAUCUCCUCACGAAAGAACUUUCGACCGCCAUGUUAGAUCGUCAACUAGGAAGCGGGGAGGACAUAUCAUCUCUCCAGAUCUGGGUCAUGAUUGAAGCGUACGAGAGGUUGAGAGACCAGGUUAGGGAGAAGGAGGGUUUACAAAAUAUGGAGCCAGUUUUCGACAACUGGUUGGCAGCCCUCUAUUCCUUACAUGAUAAGCUUACGAACGACGCAAACUCUCAUCAAAGUCAUUACGAAGGUGGUGGCCCAGAGUUGACGACUUUGAACUGA